AUGCAGCUCUCUACCAUCCUCGCAGCCUCUCUUGUGGCCGUUGCCCACGCUAUCCUGCCCACGAUCAAUCUGGGAUCUAUCGGUUACCCUCACGGUAGUCGGUUUGUCGCCUGGUCCCCCUUCACCCCCACCACGACGCAGGAGCUGGUCGAAGUCUGCGACAAGCGCGGCGCGAUCAAGGGCACGGCGACAUGGACCGAGAUCCGGGUCUACGAGACCUACGUCUUUGACCCCAUCUGUCGCAACCCUUUCAACAUCACCGACGACGCCACCAACACCACCUACCGCAACCUCGAGCUGGCAUGCGUGGAUGACAACGUCCCCCUUUACGCCAUGCCGGAAGUCACUGCUGUUGUCGACCGGACUACGAACAAGACCGUUGAGACGUGCGUUCCUGUUUUGAAGGACGGCAAGGAGUUUCGCAGUCUGUGCAGUGGCAGCAUCGUCUCGAUGAGUUUUGGUUGGGUCUGUUCUGCUUAG